UCUCUCUAUAUCUAUCUAUUCCCUCUUCACUCACGUUCAAAAUGGCUACUAUGCCUUCUUCUUCUUCUCCUUCCCCCCUUCUGCCUCUCCAACACCGCGUCGCCAUUGUCACCGGCGCUUCUCGCGGCAUCGGCAGAGCCAUCGCCCUCCACUUCGCCUCCCUCGGCGCCAAACUCCUCAUCAAUUACGUCUCCAACCCCGCCCAAGCCCUUCUCGUCGCUUCCCAAAUCAACUCCUCAUUUCCCGGCGCCGCCCUCACUCUCCAAGGCGACGUCUCUGACCCGGCCACCGUCGCUGCCCUCUUCGACAAAGCAGAGCACGCUUUCAACUCCCCUGUUCACAUUCUUGUCAACUCUGCCGCGAUCCUUGAUCCCCACAAGCGCAGCCUUGCCGACCUUCCCUUGGAGGACUUCGACAGGAUUUUGAGUGUGAAUGUUCGAGGAUCGUUUCUAUGCGCGCGGGAGGGUGCGAACAGAGUGAAGCGCGGCGGAGGAGGCCGGAUUAUACUGAUUUCGUCGUCCUUGGUUGGGGUUCUGAGGCCUGGUUCGGGGGCUUACACGGCAUCGAAGGCGGCGGUGGAGACGAUGACGACGAUACUGGCGAAGGAGAUGAAAGGAAGUGGAAUUACAGUGAACUGUGUGUCGCCGGGGCCGAUUGCGACGGAGAUGUUUCUGACGGGGAGGAGCGAGGAGGAGGUGAAGAAAGUGGCGGAAGAGUGCCCAAUGGGGCGGGUGGGGGAGGCCAUGGAUGUGGCUCCAUUGGUGGCGUUUUUGGCUUCCGAUUCGGGCGAGUGGGUUAAUGGGCAAGUUAUUCGAGUUAAUGGUGGCAUGGUUUGAAAUUCGGC